AUGAGCCUUAUGCUUGGUCGUCGCUCUUGCAAAGGUAAAUUAUCUCAUGGACUAUGGCAACCAUUUCCUAGUGCUCGCCAACAACCGCCAAAUGUAAUAAAUAGUCGUCAGACAGUCAACUGUCAUCAUGGCCCUCCCGCCGUAUUUUGUUUCGAGCCUCCUCCUCCUGUCAUUCCAUGCACAUCAGGUGUAGGAAGCAGUGUUAAUAACACAAGACUUGAUUUAAUAAAUAAUUUGACGGAGCACAUCAACGAUUUAACCAUUUCCAACAUGGAAGAUGUUCCAAGUCGCAAACGGCAGUCACGGCCGCCACCGUCCUCGUAUUUGUGUCACCUUUGUUUCAAGAAAGGACACUAUAUUAGAGACUGCCCAUACGUAAGUUUAUCUUUACUAACUUCGUUCUAA